GUAAGUAUAGAUUAUAGAUAGAGAAGAGAGAUGUAUGCCAAGAAAGAAGAGGAUCGAGGAGAGGGUUCUCAGGGUUUCAACAUCCAUAACUACCAAGAACAACUACUUCUUCGACAGCAACAACAGCAACAAUUCAUUAGUGAUGGGUAUGGAGGAGGGAGUAGAGGAGGUUUAGUUUUCCCUGAUGUCUCUCCCAUAUUUCAAUGGUCUCUCCCUCCGGUUCACACGUUCAACCCAGUUUCUAUCUCCACUAACUCAGUCCGAGACCAUGACUCGUUCUUUAGUCCACCACCACCUCCUCCUCCAUCAUCCUUCGGUGGUUUAUUCAACAGAAGAGCUUCAACUCAUCAGUUUGCUUAUGAAGUUCCAUCAUCUGAUAAUCUCCGGAUCCUAUCAGACCCACAUGGCAGCCCUGUUAGUCUUCAUCAAACCUCCUCUGAAUUCGGGUUUCAAGCUGAGUUUGGUAAGAUGACAGCACAGGAGAUCAUAGACGCAAAGGCACUUGCAGCUUCUAAGAGUCAUAGCGAGGCUGAGCGAAGAAGAAGAGAGAGAAUCAACAACCAUCUUGCUAAAUUACGCAGCUUGCUACCCAACACCACUAAAACGGACAAAGCCUCAUUGCUAGCAGAAGUGAUCCAACAUGUUAAAGAACUGAAACGGCAGACAUCUCAGAUCGAAGAAGCAAGUCCGGUGCCAACUGAGAUAGAUGAACUCAGCGUCGAUGCAUCAGAAGAGGAAGGGAAGUUGAUAAUCAAAGCUUCAUUGUGCUGUGAAGACAGGCCUGAUCUCUUGCCUGAUCUUAUCAAGACCUUAAAAGCACUCAAGUUACGAACUCUGAAAGCCGAGAUUACAACACUAGGUGGACGAGUGAAGAACGUGUUGUUCAUCACUGGAGACGAUGACUCAAAUAAUAAUAAUAAUAAUAAUAAUAAUAAUAAUAAUAUUAAUGAGCAACAGCAGCAACACUACUCCAUUAGCUCAAUUAAAGAAGGAUUGAAAGCGGUCAUGGAGAGAACAACUGGUGAUGAUUCUUCUGCUGGGAGUAUGAAGAGGCAAAGAACAAAUGUCAGCAUUCUUGAACACAGGUCGCUUUAACUUACGUAGAUUCCACUUCUUCCUUCCUUUUUUCUUUUAUUUUCUCUUGUUUAUUGUGUUUAUCUAUUUC